AUUUCCCAAUGGAUUUGUAGAAAUCGACUAAAAAAAGAUCAGUGCAAUUAAAAAGAAAAGUUUAAAUUGAGAAUAGCAGGAUCUGGAGAAAUCUGGGCAAAGUAGGAUCAGGAACCUAUUUUUCAUAGGAUUCAUACUUUGUGAUUCAUGUUGGAAUGAAUAUAUAUGACUGUGUAAGACCCUGUAGGUCACAUGAGCUGUCAGUUUGCUGCAAAUAUCUCUGACAAUCAUCACAAGAGAAUCUUGGAAUUCCUGACAUUUGAUGAUGUGGCCGUGGACUUCACCUGGGAGGAGUGGCAGCUCCUGGCCCCUGCUCAGAAGGACCUGUACCGGGACAUGAUGUUGGAAAAUUAUAGGAACCUGGUGUCAGUGGGGUAUCAAGCCGGCAAACCAGAUGCACUGUCCAAGUUGGAGCGAGGAGAACUUUGGACGAGAGAAGAUGAAAUGCACAGUCAGAUCUGCCCAGAAAUCAGGAACGUUGAUGAUUCUCUGCAAUGUCACUUGGAAAAUCGAAGCAAUCAGAAGAGUGUGGAACAAUGGUGUGAACAUAAUACAUUUGCAAAUAUUCUUAAUCAGAAUGAAAGUCAUUUCCUGUUAAAGCAAAAUGAUGAUAUAUUUGACUUAUGUGAAAAACCUUUAAAAUCAAAUUUACGUUUUGAAAGCAGGGGUAUAAACUAUAACUCAAAGAACUCUGAGUUUAAUGAAGAUGCGAAAUCCCUUCUUCAUACUAACCAUGAACAAUUUUAUAGUGUAAUAAAAUUUCCUGUAAGUGUAAAAUCCAUCAACAAUAAAUCGCAGGUCAUUAAACAGCAGAGAACUCACAACAUGCAGAAAGCCCAUGUAUGUGGUGACUGUGGGAAAGCUUUUGUCAAGGUGUCUCAGCUCAUUGAUCAUCAGAGAGUUCAUACUCGAGAGAAACCUCAUGGAUGCAGUCUGUGUGGGAAGGCAUUCUCUAGAAAAUCCAGUCUAACUGAACAUCAGAGAACUCAUACAGGACUGAAACACGAAUGUACUGAAUGUGACAAAACGUUCCUCAAGAAAUCACAGUUCAAUUUACACCAGAAAACUCAUAUGGGACAGAAGCCUUAUACAUGUAAUGAAUGUGGGAAAGCGUUCAUCAAGAAGUGUCGGCUUCUUUAUCAUCAGCGAACUCAUACAGGAGAGAAGCCCCAUGCAUGCAGUCUAUGUGAGAAAGCCUUCUCUACAAAGUUCAGUCUUGCUACACAUCAGAAAACUCAUACAGGAGAAAAACCUUAUAUAUGCAGUGACUGUGGAAAAGGCUUCAUCGAGAAAAGGCGUCUUGUUGCACAUCAGCGAACUCAUACUGGUGAGAAACCUUUUAUAUGCAAUGAAUGUGGGAAAGGUUUCACCUUGAAGAACAGUCUUAUCACACAUCAGCAAACUCAUACAGAACAGAAAUUGUAUACGUGCAGUGAAUGUGGAAAAGGCUUCUCAGUGAAGCACUGUCUCAUUGUACAUCAGCGAUCUCAUACAGGAGAGAAACCCUACACAUGCAGUGAGUGUGGAAAAGGCUUCACCUUGAAGAGUCCUCUCAUCAGACAUCAGCGAACGCAUACAGGAGAGAAGCCCUAUGUGUGCAGUGUAUGUGGAAAAGGCUUUACCAUGAAGAGUGAUCUCAUUGUACACCAGCGAACUCAUACUGCAGAGAAGCCAUAUAUAUGCAAUGAUUGUGGGAAAGGCUUCACUGUGAAGAACCGUCUGAUUGUACAUCAACGCACUCACACAGGAGAGAAACCUUAUAUAUGUAGUGAAUGUGGGAAAGGCUUUCCAGCAAAGAUACGGCUGAUUGGACAUCAGCGAACUCAUACAGGAGAGAAGCCCUAUAUAUGCAACGAAUGUGGAAAAGGCUUCACAGAGAAGAGUCAUCUCAAUGUGCACAGGCGCACUCAUACAGGAGAGAAACCCUAUAUAUGUAACGAAUGUGGCAAAGGCUUAACUGGGAAAAGCAUGCUCAUUGCCCAUAUGCGAACUCAUACUGGGGAGAAACCGUAUAUAUGCAAUGAAUGUGGAAAGGGCUUCACCAUGAAGAGUACUCUGGGUAUACAUCAGCAAACUCAUACUGGGGAGAAACCAUACAAAUGCAAUGAAUGUGAUAAAGCUUUCAGGAAGAAAACCUGCCUCAUACAACAUCAGAGAUUUCACACAGGAAAAACUUCCUUUGCGUGUCCUGAAUGUGGGAAAUUUUCUUUGCGUAAAAAUGACCUCAUUACCCAUCAGAGAAUUCACACAGGAGAGAAACCGUAUGAAUGCAGUGAAUGUGGGAAAGCCUUCACUACAAAGUCAGGGCUCAAUGUUCAUCAAAGAAAACAUACAGGAGAGAGGCCCUAUGGUUGCAGUGACUGUGGGAAAGCUUUUGCCCACUUGUCAAUCCUUGUUAAACAUAAGAGAAUUCAUAGAUAUUGGGGGUUUAAUUUGGGGCUCAAUAAUGUUGGGGCCCGGGUGGCUGCUCGUAACAUCGGGGUGUCUGGCCUGGGUUUCGGAUUAGUAAGCGGGUGUGUAAUGAGUGUCUGGUACACAGAGAUGCAUGUGAGGACCGCGGCUUUGGACGCCAAGGUCCCGGAGCUGGAGUUUCGAUUGAGGUUCCGACCUCGGCUGCUGGAACAGAAGGCUGCAGAGCUCAGAAGAAACCCUCUAGAAACUAGAAGUAGAUCCAGGAGACACAAAGCCGAGUUUUCCCACUGCCAGCUGUUUCAGAGGCCAGAAAAAAUGAUCCAGGUCCAGGAAUCCCUGACAUUUGAUGAUGUGGCCGUGGACUUCACCUGGGACGAGUGGCAGCUCCUGGUCCCUGCCCAGAAGGACCUGUACCGGGACGUGAUGUUGGAGAACUAUAGGAACCUGGUGUCAGUGGGUUUUCACACUGGCAAACCAGAUGCGCUCUCCAAGUUGGAUCCAGGAGAACCAACAUGGACAGGAGAAGAUGACAUCCCCUGUCAUACCCUUUCAGGAAUCUGGAAACUUGACGACUAUUUGCCAGAGCACUUACAAACUGAAAUCAUGGAGAAUAGCAUAGAACGAUGGCACAAAGAGGGAACAUUUGAAAGUAAUGUUCGUCAGAGCACAGCUCGUUUUGUGUUAAGGCAAAAUCCUGAUAUGUAUGACUUACAUGGAAAAAUUACAAAACCAAACUUAACUUUACAUCACCAGAGCAGAAAUUGUGAAAUAAAGAACCCUGCAGAUCUUACUGGAGAUGGGAAAUCCCUUCUGCAUGCUAACAAUGAACAAUUUCAUCCUAGAACUAAAUUCCCUGAAAGCAGGAAACUCAUCAGUACUAAGUCCCAAUUCAUCAAGCAUCAGAAAAAACAAAAAAUAGACAAGCCUCAUGUAUGCAGUGAAUGUGGGAAAGCCUUCAUCAAGAAGUCCUGGCUCACUGAUCACCAGAUCAUUCAUACAGGAGAGAAACCACACAGGUGUAGUCUGUGUGGGAAGGCGUUCUCCAGAAAGUUCAUGCUCACUGAACACCAGAGAACACAUACAGGAGAAAAACCUUAUGAAUGCUCUGAAUGUGGCAAAGCCUUCCUGAAGAAAUCACGGCUCAAUAUACAUCAGAAAACACACACAGGAGAGAAACCCUAUAUAUGCAGUGAAUGUGGGAAAGGCUUCAUCCAGAAGGGAAAUCUCAUUGUACAUCAGCGCAUCCAUACUGGAGAGAAACCUUACAUAUGCAGCGAGUGUGGGAAAGGCUUCAUCCAGAAGACAUGCCUGAUAGCACAUCAAAGAUUUCACACAGGAAAGACUCCCUUUGUGUGCAGUGAAUGUGGAAAAUCCUGUUCCCAGAAGUCAGGUCUCAUUAAACAUCAAAGAAUCCACACAGGAGAGAAACCCUUUGAAUGCAGUGAAUGUGGGAAAGCCUUUACCACAAAGCAAAAGCUCAUCGUCCAUCAAAGAACUCACACGGGUGAGAGACCCUAUAUCUGCAGUGAGUGUGGGAAAGCUUUUGCCUACAUGUCUUGCCUUGUUAAACAUAAGAGAAUACACACAAGAGAGAAAUGUGGAGACUCAGUCAAAGUGGAAAAUCCUCCCUCAGGGAAUCACAGCUUAUCACAGACCGGUGGUGCCACGCAGGGGAAAGACCUUGUCAAUACUGUGACUGUGCAGGUGCCUUCUGUGGCUUGUCAGACGUCACUAAACAUCAGUGGGCUCUUAGCAAAUAGGAAUGUGGUCAUAGUGGGACAGCCUGCAGCCAGAUGUGCGCCCUCAGGAGACAACAGAGGAUUUGCACAGGACAGAAACCUCAUGAAUGCAGUGAAUGUGGUCGUGCCUUCCGUGGUCAAUUAUGUCUUAUUUUAUGUCGCAGAAAACCAGUAGGAGAAAGCAGAGAAGGGUUGAGCAAAAAUUUCUAGGUCAUAUUAUGGCUGAAAAGUAUAUACUGCGAGGAAUCGUUAUGAAUCCUGAGGGUGGGAAAGUUUGAGCUCAUCCUGUUAAAAAUAUGCCUUGAAACAGAGGCAUAAUCUGAUGUCAACCCAAAUACAUACGCCUCAGUUGCUGUAUGUGUCUGUCAAAGGAAUGAAGGAAUAUCGAGUUCAGUAAGUGGAGGAAAUAAGUUCAAUCAGGGCUAACCUUGGGUGGGCGGGAUACGGGGCAUGUGUAUAUCAAUUCAGUUUCUGCAGUCCAAGGGGAAUGAGUAAUUGGAAACUGGGAUGUCUGCUGUGAACUCUUAGAAGGUUAUUUUCUACAGAGGCACUUA